GUUUUGGGCACCGGCGCAACAGUAGCGAUUGCAUCGAAUGCCAAAUGUUUUUGGAGGCGUAGUGGCUGACAGCUGGAAAAAAUUUCGAUUGAAGUAUGCGAUAUGCAAAUUGUAUAAGAGAUGAUGGAAAAUAUUACCGAAAGUUGGACCUAUUACGUGUACGUGCUGCUGACACUGGUUCCAGUCUAUUUGGCAUUUCAAUUAAUUAAGUUUUUGGGCUGGGAAUUGUUUGUCAACAACUGA